AUGAGCAAUCGCUUCUUCCUGCAAAAUAAAACACCCAAGAGCGAGACCCAGCGCCUCUCUCCUUUCACACCCGGAGGAGGCCGCCGCCUUGUGCACCCCUGCAGACCUCCGCGGCUGGGGCUCUUUUCUAGGCUCCACACAACACCUUCAACGGUGAGAGCUUUCUCCACGUCACCGUCCCGGCAUCAAAUGGCAGGUCCUGUAUGGAACCUAGGUCGACUCAAUCAUGUAGCCAUAGCAGUGCCGGAUUUGGAGAAGGCCAUAGCAUUUUAUAAGAAUGUUCUGGGGGCCCAGGUGGAUGAUAUCAACAAGGCUGUGAUGGAUCUGAAAAGCAAGAAGAUCCGUAGUCUAAGUGAAGGAGCCAAAAUAGGAGCACAUGGAAAGCCCGUAAUCUUUCUUCAUCCUAAAGACUGUGGUGGAGUCCUCGUAGAACUGGAGCAAGCUUGAUUUACAUUUGCAAGAAACUAAAUUAAUUGACCGGGGAAACCCUUAUCAAACACUAUUACAAUGUAUUGUGGUAUGGCUUCCAUCACUUAAAAAUUCAAACUUAAAUUGCAGAAAUAUUAAAAUAUCUCAAAGUAUUUGCCCCUUGAGAACAGCUCAUGGUCACAGGCUCCUUAGAAGGGAGAUGUUUAGGGUACUAGAGUUAGAUGAAUAGGAAAUUUUGUGGAAAAUUUGGUGCAGGAUCUGGGGGUGGAUAAAUACCUGAAUUAUUUUUUAAUUGGUGUAAUUUGUAAAGUUAUUGUCACUAGGUGUGAGAGCACCUCAGGAAGUCCUGGGGGAAUACAAAACCAAUAGUGUCUCACUGCCAAUAAGCCUGUGGUACAGUUGGGGAAAAAUGAAAUAAAUGUAAAUACUUGCA